AUGACAACGGCCCCUGCACCGCGAACUCGUGACCCCAACCAUCGACGAAUCAUUGUUCUCAUUGCGAACUACCGCGACUCGAAGCGCUGUGGGGAAACGCUGGAGUCGAUUUUCACGAAAGCGGCCCAUCCCGAGUUGGUGGCCGUGAGCAUCUUUGACCAGUUGAACUACGACGAGAAAGAGUUGCCCUGUUUUGACUCGUACUGUCAAAUUGUGGGCGAGGACAACUGCAAUCGCCGCGACCGACUUCGUCUCAACGCGUCCAUCAGCUACAUGGAUGCCACCGGUCCCACGUACGGCCGGUACCGCACGGAAGAAGGCGUCGAUCUGACCAUCGACACGUUCGCGCUGGCGAUCGACUCCCACACAUUGUUUGUACCGAACUGGGACAUCGAAAUGAUUUCCCAGUGGGACUCGAUCAAGAAUCCCAAGGCCAUCUUGACGGUAUACCCUGACGGCACGGACCGGUACCCGAAGCCUGGUGAGGUGCCGAAGUUUGUGACGCUUAUGUGUCACGCUCGUAUCGAAAACAACAACGAAGACUCGAUGGUGCAGUACUCGUCGUCGAUUCAGAUUCCAUGUCCGCCGAAACCGCAGCUGAUGUCUCAAUUUGCCGGCGGAUUCAACUUUGGCACAGCUGAGUCGGCGUUGGAAGUGCGCAACGAUCCGUACACUCCGUACUUGUUCCACGGCGAAGAGUAUUCUCGAGUCGCACGUCUGUUCACCCACGCCCCGCAAAGCGAUUUGGGACCACGAGUGGGACAAACGAUCGGUCAUUGCUCGUCGAUCGCAACGCCGCAUUCGAGCCGCGUUGGGUCUGCCAACCUCGAAGGAUGA